AUGUUCCAAUGCCGCAUGUGUUCGGAGAAUCCCUUCAACGCCAUGUUCGCGGGCAACGCCAAGCCUGACAAGGAGAAGGAAAAGAAAAAGAAGGAGAAGCGGAAGUCUACAUCAAGGCGAGAUGCUGCCGCUUUCCAAGCACGCAACGAGGAAGAGGUGACCGCUGCCAUAAAAACUUGGAGUGAGUAUGCCCAUCCGCGGGCCAACGAUUUCUUUUCUAGCCCGGAGCAGCUCGAAGAUGUGCUGCGGCAGCUGGCGAAGGGCAUCGACAAGAAUGAUGACCCGAUUUUGGGCUCCGAAGAGAGGUGUGUUUAUUGGUACGGAGACGUCACAAAGGAAGACCUCCAAGCCGCCAUUCGCAUGGUUAAGCCAGGCGAGUCCGCCGAGUCCGUGACGUAUGUGAACCGAGUGCUUGCCUUCAUUUUCGCCACGGACGAAUCUUUCGACAAGUUGAUGAAGCUGCCCAAGGAACCAUUCAAGAUGAGCUGUGGAGAUCAGCUAUGCGUACAUUUGGCGCAUAUCUCCCUGGCCACGUCUACAGCUCUCGCGCUGUGGCAGCCGCAUGGGGUCUUUGUGAGGGGUUGUGAUCUGCUGGUGCGAGGGAACUGCCUAGCUCGGGCUGCGGGAGCUGGUGGUGAAUCAUUGUUGGGCCGUCAUUGUUGGGAGGUUUGGUUAAUUGUGCAGGACUCCAAACUCCGUCCAGUCCGCAACACUCUGCACGAGUUCUUGCAGGAUUACGGUUUUGACCUUGGUUAA